CUUAGAUGUGCAAGCGUUGGUUAUGAUAACUAGUGCAACAUCUGCUAAAAUGCAGAGCUGAUGGACAGUCAAGAAUAUUCUGUCAUUUCCAUUUUUCUAAUUCUUAAGCAAACAAGUUCUUAUUGCACGAAUUUGAAGAAUAACAGCUCGCAAGCUGCGAUAGCUGGUUGUUAGCCAGCUCGUGUGAUAUUGUUGAACUGAGACGUUUGGAAGCUUUCACCACGGCCUAAACUGUUUGUCGUGAGCAGAUUGCAAGCUGAUAGCUUCUUCAGUGAUCAGCAGUGCUCCCCAAGAGGGGCAAACACUUGGGCAGCUCAUGACUUCAGACCAGGAAGGGAAAGUUAUAGCUGAGCCACAGGUGCGGCAAGCUCAGGAAACAAAGGAGGAAGAGAGUUCCCUUUUGGAAUCCACAAAAGUGUUUCAUCUUAAUCCCAAUGCUAAAGCAUGGGACAGUCACAUGCUAACUUCUGGUCCUGCGGGUGCCGAUUCUUCCCAGACGUGGCCGAAACCUGCCAGUGACCCGAUAAGCACUGUCUUAGCAGGCUGUGAUGAUAAAACAAAAUGGAAUGAAGAUCAGCAGGUAUCCAUCUCAGUAGUGCAUCCUCCAACAGGGCAACAAGAACCAGUCACGGCCGGAAACACAGUUGCUGAUGUGCAGUGUCCAGAACAAGCAGAUACAGGCUUCAUGUCCAAGCAGGAGACCAGUAUGAAAGAUAACGGGCGCCGUGAGUCAGGCUCCUCUAAGCAGCUUGAAGACCUUCGAGAACAGCUGAAGGCAGCACUGGAGUUCUGCCUCUCCCGGGAGAAUCUUGCUAAUGACAUGUACCUCAUCUCUCAAAUGGACAGCGACCAGUAUGUACCAAUAGUAACAGUGGCAAACCUUGACCAAAUUAAGAAGCUUAGCACUGAUAUGGACCUCAUUGUGGACAUUCUAAAGAGUCUGCCUCUGGUCCAAGUGGACAAAUGUGGAGAGAAAGUGCGCCCAAACCAGAACCGUUGCAUUGUUAUCCUCAGAGAAAUUCCAGAGUCAACGCCUUUGGAGGAGGUUGAAGCACUCUUUAAGAACGAAAACUUACCGAAGUUUGUCAACUGUGAGUUUGCCUACAAUGACAACUGGUUCAUCACUUUUGAAUCAGAGGCUGAUGCUCAGUUGGCAUAUCAGUACCUCAGAGAAGAAGUGAAGACUUUCCAAGGGAAGCCCAUAAAGGCAAGGAUAAAGGCCAAGGCUAUUGCUGUUAACACGUAUGCACCAAAGAACGGGUAUCGACCCUUGGAUGUGUCGCCCAGCGUCCAACAGCGUUACACGUCUUACUAUGUACCUCCUGUAUAUGGAGCACAGCAACAGUUUCCUCCUCUCUUCAGACUGGUGUCCCCUCAGGGCUGGUCCACCACUCAGCCCUACUUGGAUCCCAGCUUGGUUACUCCAUUUCCCAACCCUGGUUUCAUAAAUGGCUUUGCUGGUUCUUCCAGCUUCAAAGCGGCUACCUCCCCACUAACUGUCAGACAGUAUCCUCCGAGAAACAGGAAUCACAAUAAAACCAAUAUCAGACCUACAGCACCAGCUGCAGACUGUGGUGUAGGGCUUUUGGACAGCCCAGCGACUUUUACUGGCUUUUCUUCAGAGCGCAUCCCUAACGGGUCACGUGCUUCACAGCCACAUCACUUAGGCCAAAGCCGGCCACGGGUGCCGAGUGGCUCUGGUUAUAAUCGGAGAGAGCCCGUAGGGAGCGGGCGAAUGGAGCUCAAUGGGGCUGAUUACUUGCCCAAUACUGGCCGGGGAAGAAAAAAUGGCUAUGGCUACAGAAAGAGGAGAGAUGAAAAGGUCACAAAAACGUCCACACAGUCACCCCCUCCAGCUCAAGAGCGUGCACCGUCCCCCAGCUUCGAGCUGGGUCUGUCCAGCUUUCCUCCUCUGCCUGGAGCUGCCGGCAACCUGAAACCUGACACCAAGACCGAAAACAAUCCCGAGAACCGACUGUCUGCCAUCGUUUCGAGAAUCUCUAAGGACAAGACUCUAAAUAAGGAUGCGGUUACCAGCCGUGUGACCUCAGGGACCCACAAAGAAUCGGUGCAGGCUGUUACUGCUCCUACUGCUCCGACUGCUCCUCCUGCUCCUACUGCUCUGCCCACAGCAGACAAGAGGACCCCACCCUCGCCAGCCCACUGCAGAGCCAGGCCAAAGGCACAAGAGGAUAAACCUAAAGACGCACCAGUACUCUCUGAAAAUCGUCCAGUCGCCAACUCCACUAAACCUGCUGCUGUCGCUCAGCAGAGCUGUGCCACCUCGGAGCCCCGAAAGCCCAGCUAUGCAGAGAUCUGCCAGAGGACAAGAGAGGCACCGACGCAGCAACCCCCAGUUGAGCCCAAGCCAACCAACUCCUCUGUAGAAGACGUGAAAUCUGCUGACUGUAUAGAGCCCAAAAACAGGGAAACACAACCCACACCAGCCAAACCUUUGACAGCUCGUACCCGAGAGGCCUGGAAGUCUCAUCAGGGAGUGGGAGAUCGACCGAGCAGUGAUACCACGACAUCAUCACACCAAUCCUGAAGUCUUAACAGUAAUCACUGCGAUGAAUGAACAGAAACAAGUACUGGGUGCAUCAGGGCUGCUCAAUAGAAGCCUGUGUGUCACUGUCCUCUGUGUAAGUGCACAUUUUGACAGCUUGUCACUGGAAUCAGGACCUACAGACUUGUUCUGCAGAAGGGUUCUCUGUAUUCUUAGUUUUAAUUUGGUUCUGUUUUCAAGUACAAGGUUUUUGU